ACUGAGUACUUACGGAAGUGCCUAAAUACUACACUUGACUUUUAUAUCAAGCAGUCGAUCGUUUUGAUGGGACCGUCCUCUGGGCGCUUCACAAGUACUGCUCAAGCCACUUGUCUUCGUCCACAGCACCUCGAGCGCGAACCUCUACGCUGACUUUGGGCCAAGCAAAAUGGCUUCAAUAGCCAGAAAAGUCUUAUACAGCUCAUUACGAUGUGGCCGAGCUGCACCAUCUACUUCUCAGAUUGUCCCUGCCACCACAUUCGUUCGACAUAGCUCGUCCAACGUCCCACAAACUUCGAAUGAAGAUGGCGACUUGGAGAUCGAGGGAGGCUUCCCAAAUCUCAUGACCCCAGAUCCGCUCAUGGAUCUUCAUGAUUCCGAAGUGUUUCCAGCGACCGCGAAAUACCCAUACGAAUCCAAGGUCAUCGUUCGGAACGACCCAUCCAUGUUCAAAGCUUAUCAGAACAUACUGAAGGAAAAGUAUGGUGUCACCCAGGAGGAGCUCGACAAACAAGCCAUCGGUAAAGAAACUACCGACCCUUUCUGGUUCCUACCUAUAGACGCCAAAUAUAGGCAGAGCAUGCACCAGUACACCAUGAUAUCGCGCCGAGUCACUAAACAGACUGGCAAGGGCAAAAUCCAUCGAGUAGGGUACUUCAUUGUCGUUGGGAAUGGCAGUGGGCUUGUAGGUUAUGGCCAAGCGAAGCAUGACGAGCCUACAGUUGCACUGGAACGUGCUGUCUUCCAGGCGUACAAGAGCAUGGACCACGUCGAGAGGUUUGAGGGUCGGACAGUAUGGACGGAAAUGGAGGACAAAAUGGGCGCAACGCGUAUCAUCCUGCGUCCACGACCUGUGGGUUUCGGACUCCGUUGUAGUCCAACCAUGCACCCUAUUUUCCGAGCCGCGGGUAUCAAGGAUAUUAGUGCGAAGGUUUGGGGAAGUAGGAAUCCUAUGGCGGUGAUGAAGCUGCUUUUCCGCAUGCUCUAUUCCGGCAAUGCGCCACUGGGUAUGGGUGAUGGUAUUGGAGGCGUUGGGAAGAAGCUCGAGAAAGGCAGCGGUAUGAGAGGCAAAGACGAUAUUCAGCGGGAACGAGGGCGGAAGUUGAUUAACGUAUGGAGAGCGUAGUUGCUUCGCGACCAUUGGAUACACUAUGCUUUAUACUAUCUCGCUUUCUAAUAUCCUUGAUUCUCAUCUUGCCUUGGCGUGUAGUCUCGAACGGCCAGGCAGGUCGUCUUUCACCCAGCCCCAUAGAACACGCAAGGCCCCCGCGCAUUCGAAACAGAUUGACACUUAUAAGGCGAUAAUUCUAAUGGGCUAUAUAACUGACCACACCUCCUUCCGGGGCUCCAUAGCCUUUCUUGCGCUCUGAUUCACUAUCGCCGCCGACAGUUUGGAGCGUCUCCAUCUGCCCAGGAAAGUCAGCAUGACCGAUAAAUACGAAUGCCAAUGAAGUACCCACGUGAACAUG